AUGUUGAGGGCUCGUGCGUGGAAGGAUCGUAGCCAUCCCUUCGUGUGCGCAUUUUGCCGACAGAAUGCUGCCGUUGGUUCCAGAUCGCAACCUGAGCGAGCAUUGUCGGUAUCGGCUACUUCUUCAAAGUCCGUAAGGCUAUUGCGAGGGCAUGCCAGCGAACGCAGCGCAUUAGUCUUUUGCCAAACUCGAUCGCUACAUAGAACGGCAUAUCUCAACACUUCUGCGAAUGACAAUGAGGGUCCUUCUAGGCCUGGGAGUUUCCCGGGUGCGUUUUCCAAUACCGGCGUGGGAGGCUGGGGCUCAUUUGCAAAACCGAAUACGGCGUCAAGCAAUUCGACUUCAACGAAUGGAUUGCUCCCGCACGAGCGACUAGCGAGGCAGCAAUCGCCUGUCGUAGAGAACGUGCCGGCGAAAAAAGCGAGUGAGCCCGAGAAGAGCGUGGGAAAUCGGCAGAGAAGCAAUGCGCAAGCGACCAAGUCAAAGUCAGUUCUGGCCGACAUCUUCAAGACAAAUCGCGAGCCACGGCCUCCGCCAACACCCGAGUCGUGGUCUUCUGCAUCCAGGUCUGAGAGGGAUGGAGUCGAUAAGAAAGUCUCAACACUGUCUAAUGCAUUGAACCGACCCGGUGCAGCCGCCAAGGAUUCAUCAACAAGGUCAAAUAGUAGCAUCAAGACAACUGGAUGGGGCUCAUUCAGCCAUCGCAAAGCUGAGACAGCUACGCACACGCACGGAAUAGAUACUCGCGGGAAUCAGUCCGGUGUGUGGAGCGAGAUUACAAAAUCUCGAAAGCCCAAGCCCAAGUCAAAGCUUGGAACGAAGCCGCAUCAUCUGCAUGGCCAUGAAACUAAGACCUCAGCUGACAAACCUCCUCAAGACCAGAAAGUCCCGACUCAGGACUUUUGGGGAGAGCUAGAAACUAGGGCUACGGGCUUUAGAGGGAAAGAUAAGGGCCAGAAUGAAAAACAAAGACAAUCUACGGACAGGAGAAAGAACGCGCAGAUUAAUCAAGAUCAGUGGGAGGAGACAGCUAUACCUAUAAGGAAAGCUGAGGAUAAUGCUCAGCCCCAAAAGCAAAGGCGGAAGUCGAGGCUCGAGCUUGAAGAGGAGGAGGAGCCUGUGAAAUCUCGGUCCAAAUCAAAGGCAAAGAAGUCGCAAAGAGAAACACGAGCCGCUGAGGAUGACGACUGGGAUGACGAGGCCGUACACCGCUGGGAGCAGAAGCAACGUCGGAAGGCAGAAAAGGAGGCUCUCAAGCAGCAGGCCGUACAGGCAGAGCCACAAACCGUCCCAAUAUUCCUCCCAGAAUAUAUCAGCGCAUCAAACUUGUCAAAAGCUUUGAAACAGAAUGUAACCCCUUUUCUACAGGAUAUGGAAGAGAUGGGUUUCGAAAAUAUUACCAGUGAUACAAUCUUCACCGGAGAGACGGCAGCUCUGAUUGCAAUGGAAUAUGGCUUUGAGCCAACUGUUGAUUCUGGAUCACUUCGAGAUCUCAGACCCCGACCUUUGCUUGAAGAUGUCUCGACUUUGCCGUCUCGUCCUCCCGUCGUCACAAUCAUGGGCCACGUCGACCAUGGUAAAACUACUCUCUUGGACUGGCUUCGAAAGUCUUCAGUCGCAGCACAAGAGCAUGGUGGAAUCACUCAGCAUAUUGGUGCUUUUAUCGUCAAGAUGUCAUCCGGCAAAUCCAUCACCUUCCUCGAUACUCCUGGCCACGCCGCUUUCUUAUCGAUGCGACAGCGAGGAGCAAACGUGACAGACAUUGUGGUUCUUGUCGUUGCUGCCGAUGACAGUGUCAUGCCCCAGACUCUUGAAGCAUUGAAGCAUGCCACAAGCGCCAAGGUACCCAUUAUUGUCGCCAUCACAAAGGUUGACAAGGAAGAUGCUCGCAUUGACCAAGUUAAAGCAGACCUUUCCCGCCAUGGAGUCGAAAUUGAAGACUACGGUGGCGAUGUGCAGGUUGUCUGUGUCAGCGGGAAAACGGGUCAGGGCAUGGAAGAUUUGGAGGAGAAUAUUGUCACGCUCUCUGAAAUUCUCGAUGUCCGAGCUGAAGAUGACGGCAUGGCUGAAGGAUGGGUUCUCGAGUCUAGUAUUAAGCCUCAAGGCAAGGCUGCAACAAUCUUGGUCAAGAGAGGAACUCUUCGCCCGGGAGAUUUGAUUGUUGCCGGCAAGACUUGGGCAAAGAUCCGCGUGCUGCGUAACGAAGCUGGCCUCGAGCUGGAUUCAGCUCCUCCAGGAACACCAGUGGAGAUUCUCGGCUGGCGAGAGCUGCCUUCAGCCGGUGAGCAAGUGCUUCAGUCUCCUGACGAAGCCAAGGCCAAGUCAGCAGUCGAGUAUCGCCAAGAGAUGGCCGGGCGUGAGCAAAGCUCCAUCCAGCUGGCUGAGCAAGAACAGCGGCAGCGAGAAAAGGCGGCAGCGGAUGCUGCUGCUGCUGCGGCCGAGACAGAGGGCGCGCCAAAAGUCACCGCUGGAGAGUCGACUGCGACUGGAAUCUUCACCCAAAACUUCACGGUCAAGGCAGACGUGGUUGGAUCCGUGGAGGCUGUCUGCGGAACUGUGUUGGAGCUGGGUAGCCACGAGGUGCACCCCAAGAUUCUGCGAUCCUCUGCCGGCCAGAUUACGGAAUACGACAUUGACCACGCAGCAACGUCCAACAGCAUAAUCAUCAACUUCAACUGCACCAUCCCACCGCACAUUAAGCAGCGAGCAGAGGAGGCCAAGGUCAAGAUUCUGGACCACAAGGUCAUCUACCAUGUCAUCGACGAUGUCAAGGCGGCACUGUCCGAUCUAUUGCCCAUGAAUGUCACUUUCCGCGUCAACGGCGAAGCCGACGUGCUGCAAGUGUUCCCCAUCAACUUGAAGAAGCGUGUGUUUAGAAACAUUGCCGGCUGUAGAGUCCGAAACGGCUCUAUCAAGAGGUCGUCUCGCGUCAAGGUCAUUCGCCGGGGCGAGGUAAUCUACGAUGGCAAGAUAGACACGCUGAAGCAUGUGAAGAAGGAUGUUCAAGAAAUGGGCAAAGGAACGGAAUGCGGUAUCGGCUUGGAGGAAUUUGACGACUUCCAAGCGGAUGAUCAGAUCCAGACAUAUGAGGAGAUUAAGGAGAGGCGAAGCUUGUAA